AUGGACUUUCACACAGCUUUCAGUCUACCAGACGAUAUCCUCCGCCUCGUGAUCGAAACAUACGCGUUUCAAUGUGAAGUCAACGACGCACUCCGUCUUUUCACUGUUUCUCGUGAUGUCAAGUCCUGGGUAGAACCUCGCGUGUACUCCAAAGUUACUCUCAAGAAACACGACCAGGUCCGCUUAUUUGGCUCUGCCCUUCGAGAUGAGCUACCUUUCUGUCGUCCUGCACGCCACGUCAAGCAACUAUGGUUUCUCUGCACGAGCCAUUUCGUUGUUGAGCUAUUCAUAAGUGGCGUACUCGAACGGUGUCUGAACCUAGUCCAUCUCGCAUUCGAUGGGAGGAGAGCACCGUUUCCAGAUUCUGAUCCGGUCAACAAUAACGUAUGGCCUCGUUUAACUCGCUUGAGUAUCUAUUCGCCAUACUGGGUUGAUAACGACUUCCAUGCAAGUCAGCCCCUAAUACCAUGGGAUCGUCUCACGCACCUCCACUUCUUUGGACCAGGGGACAUCAACGACUCAACACUCUACGAAACUCUUCUUGGUCGUCGCAUCGACCAAUUUACCUCUCUCGAAUCAAUGUGCAUCGAGCUCACAUACCCCUCUCCAGAAGCCGAGAUCUUCAACUACACGCUCUUCGCCGAGACAGCUCUAUUCUAUCUUUACCUCAAGGAGAACCUCCUUCGCGAAUUAUUCAGCCGUCUUCCACAUUUACGCCAAGUCGUCAUAAAGACCAACUUUAGUUAUCCGAGGUUCCGGAUUCUAUGGGACGAUCUCGCGAAGAAUUUGAAGGAUGAGCCGAGGAUCGUGUUUGAGAUGAAGGAACUCCGGGACCAGGAUUUCUACGAGAACACGCUUCGCGAUUCCGUGCGGCCGUGCUCACCUGAAAGUAUGGCAAUCUGGUAUAAACUAACGCAGAAUGCUCUAGAAGAAAUUAACCGGAUAUGGGACGCAGAAAAUUAG